AUGUUUUAACAGCAUAAUAAUACUCUUUCAACCUCCCGUUCUAAUUCAUCAAUUAAUUAUACUCCAAGAAGAUUAAUUAGAAUUGCCACUCCUUCAGGAAUAGAUAAUUCAAGUGCUUUAAAAAAAAAUGAAGAAUUUAACAAAUAAAUUGACUAAUACAAAUAAAGAGAAUCACAAUAUAAAAAAAUUAUAUUUGCUAAAGAUUAAGAAAUCUCUAUGAUGAAAUCUCAUAUUCAAUAAUUAGAAGAUAGUAAUUUCAAUAUUAUUCUUAUCAUUUAUAGAUAUUUGUUAAAAUAAUCUAUCGAAAUAAAUAUAAAAAUAAAUUCAAGACCUGACUUCAUAAGUCUAAAUCUUGUUAGAAUCAUAUAAGUAUAAGAAUAUAAUUUCACAUUUUAGUUAAAGAAUUAUAGAAAUUGAAAAUCUUAAAAAAUCAUAAGGAAAUGAUCAUACUGAAUUAGAAAGACAAGUAUUAUCAUUAUUAAGAGAGAACUCUUAAUUAAUGAAUAGUUUAACACUUUCUCACACUUAUGUGGAUAUCUAAUCCAAAAAAAAUAGUUUGUAAAAUAUAUCCAAAAUUCAUCCAACUGAAACUUCUUGGAAACAAAAGUUUAUUAAAUUAAACAAAGAAUAUUUUUUAUUACAAGAAAAAUAUGCAAUUUUAUCUGCUGAAUUUGAAAACAAUGGAUUAAACUUUAGAUCUCCUAGUUUAGAAAGUUUUGAUGCUAUUAUUAGAUAAUGA